AUGGCCCCAACAUCAUUCGUCAACCCCUCAUCUCUCUCCUUCGCCCCCCAAUCCUUCACCCCCGCCUCCCCAGCCCCCUCAUCUUCGUACACCCACGACGAGGACGACCACGACGACAUCGACCCCACCCACUCCGCCGGCCCCGCCCGCAAACGCGCGCGCACCAGCACCACCACCGCGGGCUCCUCUUCAACAACCAAGGACACCUCCUCCCUCUCGCUGUCCGAGCAGCGCAAAGAGGCGCGCGCGCACCGGAACCGCAUCGCCGCGCAGAACUCGCGCGAUCGUCGGAAAGCCCAGUUUUCCUACCUCGAGCGGAGAGUCUCGGAGCUUGAGGAGGAGAACAGGAGGUUGAAGGCGGGUAUGGGUGCCCCUGCACCUGCAGCUCUCCCUGCCUCCAUCCCCGUUGCACCUGCGCAACCGGUCUUCGCCCCACCCGCCGGAACAUUCGCUCCUGCGCUCUCGAGUGCGGUGGAGGAGCACAUCCGCGCGGAACGGGAGAAGGAGAGGGAACGGGAGAAUGAAGAGCUUAAAGAGCGUAUCCGCACGCUUGAGCGCGGGUGGGAUGCCGUGGUCAAGGCGCUCGCGGCGCAGGGUGUCGCUGCGGGCUUGUUCGGCGCGGCGCAGGCUUCUCCUUCUUCCCCUUCCUCGUCUACCCCGGCUUCUUCGACUAGUAAUACGACGACGACCACUGCGAUCAUUACACCAUCUACCACACCCACCGCUACUACCCCGUCAACUAUCAACAGCAAUUCAACAACCGUCAACUCGUCGACAUCGACGAAACUUGAAGUUCCGACUGCCACCGCCACUACAUUUACCGCUUUCCCCUCCCCCGCACCUUCCCACUCCUCAUUGGACUUUGAAUCCAGCUCUCCCCUCCCCGACUUUUACACUCACACCACCGCCUCUCCGCUCUCCCUCUCCCUCCAACAACCCAGCACAACAACAACAACAACAACAACGCCGCAGAUCCAGCAACAGCACCGCCACCAGCCAACGCCCGUGCCCGCACUGUCACUAACGCUGUCUCCGACGCCGUCUUCCUCGCCAUCACACACCAACGAGCCCACUCGCCACCUAGCACGGGUGGCGACCGCCGGGGGACCUUCAUUGGUCCGCUCGGCGUCCCUGCAGCGGGUGGGUUAUUCGGAGGGUGUGUGGCGGGAUUCGGUGCUGGAUUCGGUGCAGGUGUCGGUUCCGGUUCAGGUAGCGCAGGUGCAAGUGCCAACGGAAAUGGAAGCGGUUUCGGUCUCGCUCGCUUCUCCCCCGCGAACGGUCCAGGCGUAUGUGCCACCGUAUAUUCGGGCGAUGCGGCUCAAGGCGCAGCAGUUGCAGCAACAGCGUCAACAGCUGCGUCAGCCGUUGCAGCAGGUGCAGGCCCAGCAACAACAGUGGGCAGCACAGGCGCAGCUUGCGAUGGGAGAGAGGAUGAUAAGGCUAUGGAGGCCCUCUUUCGCGAGAUCGUCGCGUCGCCACGGGCGGCGCAUGCGUGUGUGCCGCAAGUGA